GUCACUGUGUUUUUUCGAUUUUGUUUCACCCACUUAACCACCACUGAUUCUCAUACAAUGACACGCAAGCGACGAGCAAAGGCUGAAACCAAUUAUGCAGCAAUAAAUUGGCAGCCGAAGACAUAUGAUGCGGACGAAUCGGACUUGGAAGAAUCUACUGAGAUUCCCUGUCCGUUACUUUCGACGCAUCCUAACUACCCACUAGAGGAGUUAGAGCUGGACCUCGAAGAGACUCUGCAUACCAUUCGGGAGCAGAGGACUUCGGGGAUAAUGAUGCCAGCAGAUGUCGUGAAAAUCAAAAGAAUUAUUAAUUUAUUUAUGCGUGACAUGGACAUCGUCACAAGCGAUGCCAAUUCUCGCUAUUUACCCCCUAGCGCAACAUGCGAAUUCAGGGAACCGGAGUCGGAACCAGAAGAAAACUAUGAGUUGAUAAUUCCUAGUUCCGAUUCCGAUGAAAAUGAAAUGUCCUUCAGCGAGUCCGAAUCCAAUUCGGAAGACCAACUUCAGGUCGAUAAGGGAACGAAAAGAAGCCCAGCGUCACGCUUUUCUUCUGGAUAUUUUUCUCCCGAUUUCACCAGUAAGUCGAUGCUUCCUUCAUUCGACUAUCCCCGAAACUUACCUGGUAGUGCUUUCCAUUCUUCAAAUUCCCAAUCUUCGAACCCCGAAUCCCUACGAAAGCAAACCCGGACAUUUAAGAUCCGACGGAAAAAGGCCAACAACAAUCUUCAAGCGGAACCCACGGCCAAAGAACUGUGCAUGAAAAUAACUUCGAUUUUGGAACCAACAUUUUCAUUGAAAAAUCCCCGUUCCGGACGCACACCUGGAACCCAUCAAAAGGUAUUUUCUUUCAAUAAAAAGAAAAACAAAUCCAACUAAGAAUUAAACAAUUUUAUUU